UUCAGCUUCAGUCUUUCUUUCUAGUUCUGUUGCUACUCGUUCGCGAAAUCAGUUGACUUUCUGCUGCAACACAAGCGGAUGAAAUUUUUUUGUUUUACUGUUGCGAAAAAGUUUGCAACAAUUGCCAGAAAUCGGGGAAAAAUGUGAAAAUUAUACGUUUAAGUGCAACGUUAGAUCAGAGGCAACGAGGAACGACGGAGCAACAACGAAGAAGGCAGAAACAGCGGCAGCACACGUAACAAACGCAACACAACAAUAAAAAGUGCAACAAUAACAACAACAACAACAAACAGAAACAACAACUACCAACAUGUGAAUUGCGUUUUUUUUUUUAACCAAAACAAAACCACGAAGAACAAGUGUAGCCAAAGCCUGAGAGAGAAGGAGAGUGAAAGAAGGAGAAAGCGAAGAGCGCCAUAAGAAAGAGACAAAAAAAGAAAAAGCCGCCAAAAUGUUAAAACAACAAAAAUCACAACAGCAACAACAAAUUACAGCAAAAAAAUAAAAUAAAUGUAAAAUGCAACAAAUGCAAUAAGAAAUAACGAUUAUACAAAAAAAAAGACAUUUUCGCGCGCGCUCUUUUUCCUUCUCCCUUUGUUUCUCUCAAAGAAGGACGAGGGAACAUUAACAACCCACACAAAAGAAAAUAAACAAAAACAAAAAUAGCUGCUUCUACGAAUUUUAUUAUUUCGUCAAACGUUUUUAUUCAAAAAACUUCAUAAUAAUCAUCGACAUAUAAUAAAUACCAACAAAAUACCCCCCAACCCAUCCGCAAUAUUCCGGCAACAAAAAAAAAACAACCAAAAACGUCAUUAACUAUAAAACAGCAACAACAAGUUGCUAGAAACAGAAGCAGAAAGUUAAGAAGAACCAGAAGUAAAAGAAAAAGGAGAAGAAGCCACCACAAACAGCAGCACCACCACCACCACCCCCAUCCCCAAACCAAGGUCAUCUCUUUGGUGGGGCAAACCAACACGAAAAUGCACGCGUGCGUUGACUGGUGUUUAAAAAACAACAAAAUCCACCCAAAUAACCAGGAAAAGCAGGAGGCGCAGUUGUGGUACGACGACAUUUUCGGCGACCAGCGGACGACAGGAGCGACGUGGCAAUUUGACACGGACGCGGGGACGAAUCUUUGGGCGAUCUACAUUUUGUGUAAACCAUCCGCACUCGACAACAAAUUUUCCACACUAUCGAUAGCAGCCACAGUAGCCACAGCAUCUGUGCCGCCGCCAGGAGAGGAGGUUACUUCGAGGAACAGAACGUCGAGAUCAUCUGGUGAAGCAGCAACAGGAGCAGAAGCAAGGGGAGGAGGAGGAGGAGCUAAAACUGCCGCAAAUCACAAAACAUCAACAACAACUACAAUCUCAACGACAAGUAAAACUAAAAACAAAAGGGGAACAGCAGCUGGAUCAGGAGCAAAUCAGUUGACAGCUUUAUUAAAGCAUCCUAAAAUUCUUACUGAAAUACAAUUUCCACUGGUAACUCAGCAACCUUUGGCAAUCACAAACUAUAACUUUGAACAUCCCAUUGCCAUUGUUAUUUGAGUGUCGACUGUCGGGCAGUGCAGUCAUAUUUUUCCCUGUGCUCGUGUUUCGUUCUCGUUCCCGCGUACGUUUCCCCCCUCUCGUGUGCGUUGAAAAGUGUGUCAAAAAAAAAUAAUAAGGAAACGGAACAAUUCAAUAUAAAUUGUGAAAAUUCGCAAAAUAAUUCAGAAACAAAUAAAAACUAAAAAAAAAAACGAUAUUUGAAGGAAAAUUUUGGAAAACAAUUUCGGCCAGCGGCGGCGGCGUCCCUUUGGCGUGCAGCAGCGUCGGCGUGCAGCUGCAGCAUCGUGUCGCAUAUCCUUCCUCUAUCCAUCAUCAUCAUUCUACCUUCGCAUUUCAUUCAAUUCAAUUCAAUUCAAUUCAUUCAAUUUAAUUUCGACUUAAAAUUAAAUUUAAAUUGGAUUUCGGUACGAACGUCUGCAAAAAUCUGCAGAACCCAACGCGAUCUUCAUGAUGGCGGAUCACAUGGACGAACCGCCCACAAAGCGGGUUAAGAUGGAUCCAACGGAUAUCUCAUUCUUCCUGGAAGAGAAUCUACCCGAUGAGCUGGUGUCGUCGAACAGCGGCUGGUCGGAUCAGCUGAGUGGCGGCGGUGGCGGCGGCGCAUCGAAUGUCGUUAGCAACACAAACUCAACAGCCGGCGGCGGACCCCAGGCCGUCGGUGUCGGACCAAACAAACAGACAGGCCCCGGCCCCGGCUCUAGUGGCCCAGGCGGCCAGGUUGUCGGUACCUCCCAAAUGAACGGAGCCGGCGGCGGUGGCUCCCAGCAGCCAGGCAAUGGCGGGGACGAUGGCAGUGGCAGCAGCGGCGGCGGCGGUGGCGGAGCUGGCAAUCAGCAACAGCUACGCCAAAUGCAGCACCAGCAGCAGCUGCAACAUCUCCUCCAGCAGCAGCAACAGCAGCAGCAGCAGGGCCAAAAGGGAUCUAUGGUUGUGCCCGGCAUGAACCAAUUGGGCAGUAAAUCCCCAAAUCUGCAGUCACCCAAUCAAGGCGGUAUGCAGCAGAUGGGUAUGGCCAAUUCGAUGCCCAUGUCCAUAUCGAAUAAUGGAAACAAUGGUAUGAAUGCCAUACCAGGAAUGAACACAAUCGCCCAAGGGAAUCUGGGGAACAUGGUCCUCACAAACAGCGUCGGCGGCGGCGGCGGCAUGGGCGGCAUGGUUAAUCAGCUUAAGCAGCAGCAGCCAGGCGGUGGCAUGAUCAAUGCCGUAUCUGUGGCAGGCGGAUCUGGAGGCCCUGUGGGCGCUAACAGCGGCGGUUCUGUGGCCCCCAAUCAGGCCCUGCACAUGCAGAACGGUCCGAUGAUGGGACGCAUGGUCGGGCAGCAGCAUAUGCUGCGUGGACCCCACAUAAUGGGCGCAGCCGGCGGCGGCAACGGACCAGGCGGCCCAGGUAAUGGACCCGGCGGCGGAGGACCACGCAUGCAGAAUCCCAACAUGCAGAUGGGACAACUCAACAGCAUGCCCUACGGCGUGGGCCAGUACGGCGGACCCGGUGGCAACAAUACCCAGCAGCAGCAGCAACAACAGCAACAGCAGCAGCAACAGCUGCUUGCCCAGCAGAUGGCGCAGCGAGGAGGAGUCGGAGUCAUGCCGCAGGGCAAUCGCCCCGUGGGGACUGUUGUCCCGAUGCCCAGUUUGGGCGGCGAUGGCACCGGACCCACCGGACAGCUAGUGGGCGGGAAUCCCCAGCAGCAACUGCAGCAGAUGCUUGGACAGCAGCAGCAGCCGGGUGCCCUGGGACCGCGUCCCCCACAGCCGAACCAAUUGCUGGGCCAUCCGCAGCAGCAGCAGCAGCCAGGAACCUCCCAGCAGCAGCAACAACAGCAGGGAGUGCAGGGCGUUGUGGGCGCCGCAGGAGCUGUGACGGCUGCAGGCGGUGGCGGUGGCGUAGCGGGAGGACCGCAAGCCAAUCGCCAGGAUGUGCCCGACGACCGCAAGCGACAGAUCCAGCAGCAGCUGAUGCUCCUGCUGCACGCGCACAAGUGCAACCGGCGGGAGAACCUCAACCCGAACCGCGAGGUCUGCAACGUCAACUACUGCAAGGCGAUGAAGGCGGUGCUGGCACACAUGGGGACCUGCAAGCAGAGCAAGGACUGCACCAUGCAGCACUGUGCCUCAUCUCGUCAGAUCCUGCUCCACUACAAGACCUGCACCAACAGCACAUGCAUCAUCUGCUAUCCGUUCCGCCAGAAUCAUUCGGUGUUCCAGAACGCCAAUGUCGGUGUCGGCGCGGGCAGUGUUGCGGCACCCGGCGGGGGACCACCAGGCAGCGGAGUGGCAGGCGGUCCCGGCAGUCUGCAGCAGCAGCAGCAACAACAACAGCAACAGAACCAACCUCUCACCGUGCUCGGUGGCGUCGGGGGAGUUGAUGGAAAGCAGCAGCAGCAGCAGCAGCAACAGGUAGGAGUCCCAGGAGGCGCGCAGAACUCUGGGCUCGUGAUGCCCCAGCAGGGUGGUGCACCCAAAUCCAAUGCGGAAAUGGCGCAACAACUCGCCCAGCAGCAGCAGCAAGUCCAGCAACAGCAGCAGCAACAACAGCAGCAGCAACAGCACCAACAACAGGUCCUACAGCAGGAGCUGCGGCGCUUCGAUGCCAUGGGUCAGGUGGGACUCUCCCCCGUGACGGCCGGCAAUAUGAUUGGCGCUGUCGGAGCGGGUCAGCAGCAGCAGGGGAUGCCUCCGGGUAUUCGAAUGCAGGGCGCCCCACCCACAGUGCGAGUCCUUGGACCUGCCGGAUCUGGUUCCGUCCUGCCAAACGACGUCAAUAGCCUCCAGCAGCAGCAGCAGCAGCAAAUGCUCCAGGGCCAGUGCAAUGCCGCCAAUGCUGGCAAUCGGCGACGCGGCGGCGGCGGUGGUGGCGGCCUAUCCAACAUGGUCGACCAGCAGCAACAGCAGACAAAUCCCUCCCAGCAGUUGGGCAACAUUCCCACGCCGCUGUCUGUGAAUGUCGGUGGUUUCAGCGGCGCCAACUUUGGCGGUGGAUCGGCGGACAAGCAGCAACAGCUGGUGGGGCAGGCGGAUCAGCUUGCGAAGCUGAAGGUGCCCCAAGUGCAUCCGCAGGUCGGCGCUGGAGGGCCUGGAGGUGCGACUGGCGUGACUGCCGGCGGCCAGGGAUCCAGUGUCUUGAUGCCCGCUGAUACGACGGGUGCCACUGGUGGGAACGCGAAUGCGAAUCCCAAUCAAAAUGCAGCCGGAGGAGGAGGCGGCGGCGGAAACAGCGCCAGCGGUGGUCCCGGUGGAGGAGGUGGAACAGGCGCUACUGGGAACGACAGCGAAAAGGACUGGCGGGAAUCGGUGACGGCGGAUCUGCGUAACCACCUCGUCCAUAAGCUCGUGCAGGCCAUCUUCCCCACCUCCGAUCCGACGACGAUGCAGGACAAGCGCAUGCACAACCUCGUCUCGUAUGCGGAGAAGGUCGAGAAGGACAUGUACGAGAUGGCCAAGAGCCGCUCCGAGUACUACCACCUGCUCGCCGAGAAGAUAUACAAGAUUCAGAAGGAGCUCGAGGAGAAGCGGCUGAAGCGCAAGGAGCAGCACCAGCAGAUGCUCAUGCAGCAGCAGGGAACCGGCCCUGUGCCCGGUCCCGGACCCGUUGUGGUUCCCGGCGGCGUUGGAGUGCCUGGCGUUGGUGGAGUCGGCGUCCCCGGCUCCGUGUCCGUCUCCAAUCCGACAGUUGGUGGCCUGCAGAGCGUCGUUGGUGUGCCGCAGCAACAGCAGCAGCAGGCACAGCAGCAAUCCGUUAGCGGAGUCCGUCCCAUUAUCAGUCCCAUGGGUGGCGUGAUGCAGCCACAGCAGCUCCGUCCCCAGGGUCCUGGCAUGGUUGUCGGUCAGCAGCAGCAGCAGACGGGCGUUCCAGUUGGCGGCGGUGGCCCUGUGGGUGUCACUGGACUUGCAGGAGCACUCGGUGUUGGCGUUGGAGUGGGCGUCGGUGGAGUCGGCGGCCAGGCGAAUAUGGUGACGAUGCGUAGCCACUCGCCCGGCGGCAACAUGCUCACGAUGCAGCAGCAGCAGCGCAUGCAAUUCCCGCAACAGCAGCAACAACAGCAGCAGGCGGGCAACAUGCUGGUGGGUCCUCCAGGACCCAGUCCCGGCGGCAUGGUGGUCAAUCCCGUGCUAUCUCCCUUUCAAACGGCCGCUGGAGCGGCCAAUGUCCUCACCAGUCCAGUGCCUGGCCAACAGCAGCAGCAGCAGCAGUUCCUCAACGCCAAUGGCGGCACCGGAGCGGGCAGCAAUCCGCAACUGAGCGAAAUUAUGAAGCAGCGACACCUCCAUCAGCAGGCAGCGGCAGCAGCGGGCAUGCUCAUGCCCCAGUCGCCCUUCAGCAACGCUACGCCCAUGCAACAGCAGCAACAGCCGAACAGCAACAGCUUUAACUCUACCAUGCAACAGCAGCAGCAGCAGAAACCGCCUGGAAGUGUCCUGAACAACAUGCCACCGACUCCCACGAGCCUCGAUUCAGCCUUGAGUGCGGGAGCAGGCAACACAGGCUCUGGUGCGGCUGGUAGUGGAGGAGCCAGUGGACAAGGACAAGGAGCAACAACCGGAGGUGGAGUACCCUCGAGUGCGGGGGGAAUGACGGUUUCAGCGCCUAGUCCCUCGCCCGGAGGCAGCGGAUUCCUCUCCAAUGGCCCCGUUGGGACUCCCUCAAACAACAGCAAUAACAACAGCAACAGCAUCAUUAAUCCUCCGUCGGUAAACAGCCUCAUGCAGCCGAUGAGCAACCGCGCCAACACUCCGCCCUACGUUCCGGCCUCACCUGUGCCGGCCACCAGUGCCUCUGGCCUGGCGGCGAACAGUGCCCCCACAUCGGCGGCCGCGACGUGCGCCAGCAGCAACAGCAACAGCAAUAGCAACGGUAGCAAUGGUAGCAACAGCAACGGCAGCAACAGCAACGGCAGCAACUGCGGCAGUGGGAGUGGUAGUGGCAGUGGGAGCGGCAGUGUGGGCGGAGUCGGUGGCGUUAUGGCUACCACAGCGACCACGACGACAUCGGCAACGACGCCGCUUAGCUGCAACUCCUCCUCGUCGGCGACGGCAACGAUUGCAUCGAGCGGACCGGGCAGCGGGGGCUCCCUUUCGGCGCCGAACAGCAAUCCCCACAUGCUGAUGUCUGCGCGCGGCGAGGGCAGCGGCGGUGCGACGACCUCUUCGGGAGGCAACAGUAACCAGCAGCAGCCCAGCCGCAUGAUAAGCAGCUCGAGCAGCCUCUCCUCUCAAAUGGCCGCCCUGGAGGCAGCGGCGCGUGAUAACGACGACGACACCCCAUCGCCCACGAACGAUACGAACGGCAGCGGUGGCGGUGGCAAGGCCUCCAAGGGGAAGCUGGACUCGAUGAAGCAGGAGGACGAGAUCAAGAAGGAGUUCAUGGACGAUAGCUGCGGCGGCAACAACGACAGCUCCCAGAUGGACUGCUCCACGGGCGGCAAAGGCAAGAAUGUCAACAACGAUGGCACCAGCAUGAUCAAAAUGGAGAUCAAAUCGGAGGAUGCAGACGGCGAUGGCGAUGUGAAGAUCAAGACCGAGCCCAUGGAUGUCGACGAGAGUGCUUCAUCGGCCACACACGAAGGCGGCGGUGGUGGCAAGGAUGAUAUCAAUGGUGCCCACGACGGUGCCAAGGACCUCAAGCCCAAGAUUGAGCCAAAGCCACUUGUACCCGAGCCACUGGCCCUCAAUGCCGGCGACAAGAAGAAGAAAUGCCAAUUCAAUCCGGAGGAGCUGCGCACCGCGUUGCUGCCAACUCUGGAGAAAUUGCUGCGCCAGGAGCCGGAAUCGGUGCCGUUCCGGUAUCCAGUGGAUCCACAGGCUCUGGGCAUUCCUGACUACUUUGAGAUCGUCAAAAAGCCAAUGGAUCUGGGCACCAUCCGCAAUAACAUCCAGAACGGAAAGUAUAGUGAUCCCUGGGAGUAUGUGGACGAUGUCUGGCUUAUGUUUGACAACGCUUGGCUGUACAAUCGCAAGACCUCACGCGUUUACCGUUACUGUACCAAGCUUUCGGAGGUGUUUGAAGCUGAGAUCGAUCCAGUGAUGCAGGCCCUCGGCUACUGUUGCGGCAGGAAGUAUACAUUCAAUCCACAAGUGCUGUGCUGCUAUGGCAAGCAGCUGUGCACGAUACCGCGCGACGCUAAAUACUAUAGCUAUCAAAACAGUCUAAAGGAAUACGGUGUCGCCUCAAAUAGAUACACCUUCUGCCAAAAGUGCUUUAACGACAUCCAGGGGGACACGGUCACACUGGGUGACGAUCCGUUGCAGUCCCAAACACAAAUAAAAAAGGACCAAUUCAAGGAGAUGAAAAACGAUCACCUAGAGCUGGAACCUUUUGUUGACUGCCAGGAGUGCGGACGUAAGCAGCAUCAGAUUUGCGUCCUCUGGUUGGACUCUAUCUGGCCCGGCGGCUUUGUAUGCGACAAUUGCCUGAAGAAAAAGAACUCAAAGCGGAAGGAGAAUAAGUUCAAUGCAAAGCGCCUGCCCACCACAAAGCUCGGCGUGUACAUCGAGACUCGCGUAAAUAACUUCCUCAAGAAGAAGGAGGCCGGUGCCGGCGAGGUGCAUAUCCGCGUCGUCAGCUCUUCGGAGAAAUGCGUGGAGGUGAAGCCGGGCAUGCGGCGUCGCUUCGUCGAGGGCGGAGACAUGAUGAAUGAGUUCCCUUACCGGGCGAAGGCCCUGUUCGCCUUCGAGGAGGUGGACGGCGUCGAUGUGUGCUUCUUCGGCAUGCACGUGCAGGAGUACGGCUCCGAAUGCCCGGCGCCCAACACUCGCCGCGUCUAUAUUGCCUACCUUGACUCGGUGCACUUCUUCCGGCCGAGACAAUACCGCACAGCUGUCUACCAUGAAAUCCUGCUUGGAUACAUGGAUUACGUGAAGCAGCUCGGAUACACGAUGGCCCACAUUUGGGCGUGUCCGCCGUCGGAGGGGGACGAUUACAUCUUCCACUGCCACCCUACUGACCAGAAGAUACCGAAGCCGAAGCGGCUGCAGGAAUGGUACAAGAAGAUGCUUGACAAGGGCAUGAUCGAGCGCAUUAUCCAGGACUAUAAGGACAUACUCAAGCAAGCUAUGGAGGACAAGCUGGGCUCCGCCGCCGAGCUGCCCUACUUCGAGGGCGACUUUUGGCCGAAUGUCCUCGAGGAGAGCAUCAAGGAGCUUGACCAAGAGGAAGAGGAGAAACGCAAGCAAGCAGAGGCCGCCGAGGCAGCUGCAGCGGCGAAUGUAAGCCGAUAUUCCGAGCUCUUCUCUAUCGAGGACAACGAGGUGAGUGGCGAUGGCAAGAAGAAGGGCCAGAAGAAGGCCAAGAAGUCCAACAAGUCGAAGGCUGCACAACGGAAGAACAGCAAGAAGUCCAACGAGCAUCAGUCCGGAAAUGAUCUCUCCGCGAAGAUCUACGCCACAAUGGAGAAGCACAAGGAAGUAUUUUUCGUGAUACGCCUGCACUCGGCACAGUCUGCUGCCAGUUUAGCGCCCAUACAAGACCCCGAUCCCUUGCUUACCUGCGAUCUAAUGGACGGUCGCGACGCAUUCCUGACGCUGGCCCGCGACAAGCACUUCGAGUUCUCGUCGCUGCGUCGCGCCCAGUUCUCGACACUGUCCAUGCUGUACGAGCUGCACAAUCAGGGCCAGGACAAGUUUGUAUAUACGUGCAACAACUGCAAGACGGCCGUCGAGACGCGGUAUCAUUGCACCGUAUGCGAUGACUUUGAUCUGUGCAUUGUGUGCAAGGAGAAGGUCGGGCAUCCCCAUAAAAUGGAGAAGCUUGGAUUUGACAUCGACGACGGCUCUGCACCGGCGGACCACAAGCAGGCCAAUCCCCAGGAGGCGCGCAAACAGUCCAUCCAGCGUUGCAUUCAGUCUCUGGUGCACGCCUGCCAGUGCCGCGACGCCAAUUGCCGCCUGCCCUCGUGCCAGAAGAUGAAACGCGUCGUCCUGCACACCAAGAACUGCAAGCGUAAGACGAACGGUGGCUGCCCCAUCUGCAAGCAGCUUAUUGCCCUCUGCUGCUACCAUGCCAAGCACUGCCAGGAGCAGAAGUGUCCCGUGCCCUUCUGCCCGAAUAUCAAGCAUAAGCUAAAGCAGCAGCAACUCCAGCAGAAACUCCAACAACAGCAGCUACUGCGUCGUCGAGUGGCCCUCAUGUCGCGAACAGCAGCUCCAUCGGCACUGCCCGGACCGGCGGUUAGCGGGCCGACAGUCGUCGCUGGUGGCGUGCCCGUUGUGGGCAUGUCCAAUGUGAUGCCCGUCGGCCAGUCCACAGUGCUGCUUCCAGGAGUUGGCGGACAUUCACCGUCCGCCGUGCCAGUGCCUUCGCCAGUGUCUGCAAGCGGAAUGGGCGGCAUGACCUCACCGCAUCCCCAUCAGCCGGGCAUCGGAAUGAAGCCCGGAGGCGGGGGCGGACACCCGCCGUCGCCGAACGUACUGCAGGUGGUGAAGCAGGUGCAGGAGGAGGCCGCACGCCAGCAGGUGCCGCAUGGCGGUGGCUUUGGCAAGGGCGUCCCGAUGGCCCCGCCCGUAAUGAAUCGCAACCUCGUCGGAGGAGUCGGAGGUGUGCCCAAUCAGAACGUGAAUCAGCUGGGCGUGGGCAUGGUCGGCGGAGUGGGCGUCGGUGGAGUCGGUGUUGGAGGCGUGGGAGUCAAUGUGAAUCAACUCGGAGCUGGCAUCGGCGCCGGCGGUGGCAAUCCGUCGGGACCUGUGCCCGGUGCCGGCAAUUGCGGCAACGUCCUGGUUGGCAAUGCCAACAACCUGCUCUCCAUGGACCAGUGGGGCUCCGGCGGUGGCGGUUCGGGUGUGCCCCAGCCGCGGUACGUGAACAAUGCCACGGGAAUGCGACAGCCGAACCAAAUGAUGCAGCAGCAGCAGAACGUUCUACAGCAGCAGCAGCAGCAGCAGCAGCAACAACAACAACAGCAGCAGCAGCAGAUGAUGCUGCCCAACCAGAUGGGCGGCGGAGUGGUCGGCGGCGGUGGCCAGAUGCCCGUGGGCGGACAACAUGGUAUGGGAAUGGGCGGCAUGGGCACGCCAAUGGGCGCGGCCGGUGCCGGAGGCGUGCGCCCACCGCCCGGAGGUGGCGGCGGACAAGCAACCGGCCUCAACACCCAUCAGCUGGCCCAGAUAAUGCAGAAAAUCAAGAACAACCCCACCAACGAGAGCAACCAGCACAUUCUCACCAUCCUCAAGCAGAAUCCCCAGAUCAUGGCGGCCAUAAUCAAGCAGCGCCAGCAGACGCAUAUCAAUGCCACAGCGGUGGGCGGUGGUGCACCUGGCGGUGGCCUCCAAUCGGGCAACGGACCCCAGAAUCCCCAGCAGCAGCAGCAGCAACAACAGCAGCAACAACAACAACAACAGCAGGCCAUGCAGCAGCAACAGAUGCAGCACAUGAUGAACCAGCAGCAGCAGCAACAGCAGGCGGGUGGACCCCAGCAGCAGAUGAAUCCAAAUCAGCAGCAGCAGCAGCAGGUUAAUCUGAUGCAGCCGGGCGGACCCGGAGGUCCACAUCAGCGUAUGCCCAAUAUGCAGCAGAGCUCCGCCCAAAUGAUACUCCAGAAUCUGCCACCAGGCAUCACCUCACAGGGUGGAAUGGUUCCCAAUCAGGGCUGGAACAAAAUGCGCUACGUGCACAUGAACCAAUAUCCACCUCCGUAUCCACAACGACAGCGCGGCCCGCACAUGGGCGGAGCGGUGGGCCAGCAGCAGCAGCAGUUCCCGGGCGGCGGAGCGGGCAACUUUAAUGCUGGCGGCGGUGCAGGAGCCGUCGGAGUGCCUGGCGGUGUGGCUGGGGGCGGCGGCGGAGGAGCAUCUGGCCCCGGAGCGGAUCAGUACUCCAUGGCGAAUGCGGCAGUGGCGGCGGCAGCAUCCAACAUCCUGCAGCAGGGCCAAGGCGGAGCCGGUGUCGGAGUGGGCGUUGGCGUUGGAGUAGGCGUCAAGCCUGGUCCCGGCCAACAGCAGCAUCAGCAACAGCAGCAGAUGGGCGUGCUGCCGCCGGGUAUGCAGCAGCAGCAACAACAGCAGCAGCAACCCCUCCAGCAGCAAAUGAUGCAGCAGGUGUCGAUGCCAAAUGCCCAAAAUGCCCAGCAAAAUCCGGCUGCUGUGGGGCCCGGAGGAGGUCCCGGCUCCCAGGUGAUGGGCCCCCCCACGCCGCACUCCCUCCAGCAGCAGCUAAUGCAGUCCGCGCGCUCCUCUCCGCCCAUCCGCUCACCACAGCCAACACCGUCGCCCCGCUCAGCACCAUCGCCACGGGCUGCGCCAUCCGCCUCGCCGCGGGCGCAGCCCUCGCCCCACCACGUCAUGAGCAGCCACUCGCCAGCGCCGCAGGGCCCACACGACGGCAUGCACAACCACGGGAUGCACCACCAGUCGCCGCUCCCCGGUGUCCCCCAGGACGUUGGCGUCGGUGUGGGCGUAGGCGUAGGUGUUGGCGUCGGUGUGGGCGUUAAUGUUGGCAACGUAAACGUCGGCAAUGCCGGCGGAGCCCUGCCCGAUGCCUCCGAUCAGCUAACGAAAUUUGUGGAGCGACUCUAGUGCAGCAGCAACAUUGGCCACUCCAUCAGCAGCAACAACAACAACAGCAGCAGCAUUGGUGGCCACCUCAACAGCACUAACAUCGGAAAUAUCAGCAACAUCACAAACAUCCCGAACAUUGGCAACGACAUUGUCAACUAUCGCUACAACGGGCAGUCGCCGCACUACUUCUGAUCGAGAGGUAGCGACGACAGACUGCUGCGAGAACAGGAGGAGACCUACCAGCCGCAACCAGAGAACCAGGGAUCACACUGUGUGUUAAUCGUAUUGUUAAAUCUUUUAUAAACAUUUUACUCUUCCAAAUCGAUUGGUUGAGCGAUCCGAUUCGAGCGAUCCACACUAUCACAAUUAUCGUGUACUUUAGUUUUAAGAUGCGUCCCACAGGCCACAGAAACCAGCAGCAGCCAGUAGCAGCAAGCCGUCAGGCCAUGAUCCCAAAUGUAUUCUCUCGAUGUAUAGCAGGAGAGAGAAGUGUAGAGGGUCAGCGGCUGUUGUUGCUGCUUCUGUUGUUGCUGCUGGUGGAUGUUGGAGGCGAUUUCGUACACCUAAACACGCUCCACACACGGAUUAAGUUUAAGCUUAGGACAAUAUUUGAACAAAAAGCAGACGUAAAUGCAUGGAUUACGAUAUCAGUCAUGAUUAGCAAUUAUCGAUUACUAAUUUCGAUUACGAACCUUUUUUUUUCGAUCGUGUAAUAAUUACUACCUACGUUUACAAACAUAGAUCAUACGUUAUACCUAUGGCACUAUUAUCCCUUUACAUACAUAUAUAUAUAUAAAUAUUUAUACAUGCACAUACACACACACAUGCAAAAUCUCUUCUUAUAUAUUUCCUGCCCCCCCCCCUUCUGUGCAUCCAAAAUACGCACACACCAGAGCAACAGACAGUUCCGCAGAAAGACACCACAGAAAGAAACACACACACAUGCAUAUCUAUAUCUAUGUCAUUUAUGAAUCAGCGAGCAAGCAGAGAGACAGAGAGAGAGAGAGAAAGAUGGAGCGAGAGAGAGCGAGCAAGCAAUGUUUCCACAACCUCAUUUGCAACAGUUAACAGCAAGAGCAAAACUUGCAACAGCAACAUUAAAAGCAAAAGAAUGCAAAAU